AGAAGCUCAGCCAUGAGACUUCUCGUCCUGACCCUCCUGGCCGUCUGCUGUCUCGCCGCAGGCCUGGUGGAAGGUGUGGGAAGCGAAGUCCCAGAAAAGAGUUUCUGUAUGAGUUUCACAACCCAGAAACUGAAAAUCAACAGAAUCAAGACCUACAUUAUCAAAGAGGGCAGCAUGAAAGCUGUCAUAUUUAUUACCAGACGUGGCCUAAAAAUAUGUGCAGACCCGCAAGCCUCAUGGGUGAAAGAUGCCAUCAAAAGCGUGGACAACAGGGCCAGAAAGACCAUCAUCCAAACCAAGCCUACAGAAGCCCAGCAGCCCACUCGGACAGCGGUGACCCUGACCGGGCGAUGACCUGGACUCGGUUCCAUCCACAGCCAGCCCGCUCUCUCCACAUUAUAAGCUGAUAUAUGCAGAAGAUUAUAAGUUAUGUUUUCUG